AUGGAGGACUGUAGAGAAAGCUUGUUCAGGGGAAUGUGGAAGAAAGCGUUAAGUUCCCAGAUGCCCUCCUUCAUCCCUGUGGUGCUGUCAGACAUGUGGAACCCCAAACCCAUCCCUGGCCGUCUCAACGCCUCCCUCUCCUCCCUCUACACCCUGGACCACCAGGCCCUCUACUCAGAGCUGGGUGUCAGCACACGGCCCCUGACCCUCACCCUCUCCGGCCACACUUUCACCUUCUGGGAGGGCCGGUGGCAGCUCCUAAACAGAGACCAGGAAGUCAGCCCCGAGGCUGAGGAGAGAGGCAGGGUCGCCCGCCUCAAGAAGAGAAACCAAGAACUCAGGGAGGAGAUGAACACACUGAGGCUCCGUGUGGAGGUCCUGAUGGACAUGAUGACAGAGGCUACGGCCCAGCUACGAGAGCUGGCCCCUGGGAAGGAAUGA